GGACUCUUGGUCGUGAAACGAGUACUGGCUGCAUCCAUCCAAACUUGACCUGUCAUGGUCAUGGCUGGCUGGCUCUCCAGAAGCGAGUCGAUACUUCGGUGGACUAUUAGAUCGGAUUUUCCUCUUCCCGCCGGCUUGCUGAAACGCAACCUCCGCCGCCGGUUUUCCGCGGCUGCCUCCCUCCGACUCGGCGGAUGAAAUAAAAGCAGGGAAUUAACAAAUAAUUAAACCGUUCCCACUGCAAGUCGGUGUCUUGCCAAUCUGUUCCCGACUACAAACAAUUUCUCGGUUUGCUCUCCCGGUCGUUUUGUUUAGGCGGCAUUGUCGCCGGCUGAGGCUUGGCUUUCUGUCUCUUUUGAUCUGGAAUUCCGUCUCUGUUCAUUCCACCGGCCACCUUUCAGCUUCCGGCUGGAUUUUCUACUAGGAACCUGCUCGGUAUAGUUCGCCACCUUUAGAAUUCAAGAGGGUUGGAAUUGUUCAGUUUCAUCUAUGACGAGGUUCCAGGUUUGUUGAAUCAACUUGGCAUAGUGUAAUUUGUGGAGUUGACAAAGGGUUCGAUAUUGUAGUCAUAGACAAACCAGCAUUUGUAAACUGGACAAAUGGGUUCUUUCAAGGGUCAUGUUGUACCUGGGUCACUAUUCUUGAUCAUUGGUGUAUGGCACACAUGGUGUUCUCUGGUUCGCUACGUCUCCAAUCCAAAGUCUUUCCGAGUUCGAGUUUGGAAUCCUGUCCCAGGUUUUGAAGGGAAGUUGAAGCACUUGGAGCUCUACGUCAUCGUGAUCGGAUCCUUAAUAGACCUAUGUAUUGAGCUAUUGUACUCCACACACCUCAGGUUUUUCGUCAAUGGAGUGCUGAAUCCUAGUCACCUGAACAAUUUUGAGCAUUCAGGGAUGUUGCUGAUGUUCUUCAUCCUUGGUGUUGUCGCCUUGCUAUCAGAGAAAACAAGGUUUCUACCAUUACCAGAAGGAGCCCUUUGCUUGAUAGCCGCCACUGCAUUUUGUGCAGAGUACCUGCUGUUCUACUUCCACUCGACAAGCCAUAAGGGCCUCGAAGGUUACUAUCACCUGAUCCUCGUCCUCCUGAUAGGACUAUGCGUGGUCUCCUCCGUGGCUGGAGCACUCCUCCCGACGAGCUUUCCAGUCGACUUGACCAACGGCAUUGCCAUCACUCUCCAAGGCUUGUGGUUCUAUCAGACAGCCUUCAGCCUCUACGGCCCGAUGAUGCCUGACGGUUGUCAGCUCACAGGAGAUCAAAUUGCUUGUGGAUCAGCUGCCAGCAGGGUUCGUGGCGAGCUGCUGGCUAACUUUCAGCUAUUCUCCUUGGUGCUUGGGGUGCUUGUUUCCGUCGUGGUAUCAUAUGGUUAUGCGGCUUCCAGACACGGUCGUUCUUAGGGGUCCUGCGAACAUGCUCACGGAUUGUAAGUUAACGAUGUACCUUCUUAGAUCCUAACUGCUCAUUUUCGGUGAUUAUAUUUCGAUUUAGUUUGCUUGGGGGAAAAAAUGAUUCAGUGAAAUGAUGACCAUAACUACCAGUUGUGCAAAUUUUAGUCGGUAUUAUAUCGUUGAGUCCAAGAUUUUCGACC